UGACGGUGCCCGAUUAUUUACGACUUACCGCUGCUCGUCAACAUUAUACGUAAAGUGGUUGUCUGAAUUGACAAUUUGAAUUUGUCUUUUCUUCUGUAGGCUAGCUGGAAAUAGAUGCUAGGUAUGGUGUUAUGUUAUGAUUGGACGUCUAUAUAUAGCUAGCCUAUUGUCUGUGAUGUGAAUGUUUAUUUACUUACUAUCGUCAGAGGCAGACACCGUGAGUUUACAUCACCUGUAUGGCUAUCACUGCAGUAGACAAACGUUAACAGCGUCAAGGUGUGACACAGGACUAUUCAGUUAGCGUCUGGAUAUGUACGACCUUUGUGUUAUUGGUGCUGGACUAAUUGGAUCAGCCGCAGCCCGCCACGCCUCCCUACAAAACAACACCCGAGUAUGUCUGAUAGGACCAGAUGAACCACAGGAAAGGAGUUUGGAAUCACCUAGGGAGAUAUUUGGCGCCCACUACGAUGAAGGAAGGAUCACGCGGUGUUCGGACCCCGAUCCUGUGUGGGCGGCAUUGGCGCAGCGAUCUAUUAAUAGAUACCGGGAACUGGAGCGUGCUUCCGGUGUUGUAUUUUACGUGGAGACUGGAUGUCUGAUGGCCGGACCAGCACAGGGCAAGUUUAUGUCAGACACAAAGAGGACUGUCUCCUCCCAGAAUAUCCCCCACGAAUACCUUACUCCAGAAUUGUUAAAGACACGCCUCCCUUACCUGAACCUGCCGGACACAGACGAAGCGAUUUACGAAACGACAAGAGCAGGAUACAUAAAUCCGAGGGCAUUGAUAAAUGCGCAGAAACGGGUAGCUAUGGACAACAAAUGUGACGUCAUCGAUGACGUUGUGUGUAAAGUAUCACAGGAACACGUAAAUGGAGUGUCUUUCAUGUCAGUUCUUACAGAGGGAGGUCGAAGGAUUGAGGCCAACAGAGUUCUCCUUGCAACCGGAUCUUUCACUACUUUUAGAGACCUUCUACGCACAGGAACAGAACCGGAAGUGACACUGUGUCCGCUAGCUGUAGCCAAGGUCGAGGUCAGCGAAGAGGAUGUAAAGCACCUAGAACGGAUGCCAUCUAUCCUGUACUACGGACACGGAGCGCCAGACUGGCCCGAAAAUUACCCUCGCAGUCCGAAAAACCUCAUUGGUAUAUAUGUACUCCCGCCAAUCAAGUACCCGGAUGGUAAAUGUUAUAUAAAGCUCGGAAAUUUCCACGACUCCGUGCCUCAAAGGUUGACGACUCUCGCGGAAGUGAAGGCGUGGUUCUGUGGGGAAGGGGUAUCAUCACUUGUGACCAAAUCAGCUCGUCUGAUCAACGCCAUGACGAAAGGUAUAAAGCCGCUAUCCUACCACGGAGACCAGUGUGUGAUCAUGGAGACACCCACCAAUCGUCCGUACAUUGACCUCGUCCAUCCUGGCCUCGGUGUGGCUAUCGGAGGCAAUGGCUACGCCGCCAAAUCCAGUGACGAGAUCGGACGCAUCGCAGCCAUGUUGGUCCUUAAAGGAGAAUGGGAUUCUGAUCUUCCGGCCGAGUCAUUCAAACUACGACUAAAACCUAAGAAUAAACCACAGUCCAAGAUUUAAUGUUAAUUUUCCAAAAAUGGAGGCAAAGGACGAAAUACUGUACAGUACCAAGAUCACGUGAUUUCUACUCAGACAUGUUUCUGGGGAGACGCGUCAUAACCGUUUGUAGUGGGAUUGCUUAUGACAGCACGUUCGGUUUUCACAAAAAUGUGACUUGAAACAGUUUUUUUUUUCUUUUUCUUUUUCUUUUAGUUUUUUCAAGCGUCUUGUUGAAGAAAUGUAAUCUAAAUCCUUCUAGUUCUUCAAUGUUGUAGCAGUUUGACGUCACAUUGACAAGGUAUUGGCUACUGACGCUAACAGCGAAGCAGAUAUCGCAGAUAAUGUGUAGUCCCUUAUAUAUAUUUUACUUUCUGCCCUUAAGGAUUUAUCACAUCAUGUGCCCCCUAGCAUCACUGGCUUGUCAUGGAAAGACGAAACUAAAAUCGAAUCUAGAAUUUCUAUUUAUUUUCAAAU